UCGUUAUUAUAUCCUCAUAAGAAAAGAGUGGACAAAAGAAGAAAACCAGACACUCCAAAAUUUAAUUGCGAAGCAUGGUGAAAAUUGGAAAAUUAUAUCAGAACAUUUUUCCAAUAGAAGCAUUUAUGAUAUCAAGAUGCACUAUAAACAAUGUUCAAGUAUUAAUCCUAAGGUUAACAAAGGAAGAUGGACACCAGAAGAAAUUAAAGCUUUUAACGAUGCUUUUCUUAAAUUUGGGAAAAAAUGGAGACAUGUUGCUGAAUUGGUUAGAACAAGAACACCAG